GAGAGACAGAGAGAGAGGCUAGUAGCAGGAGACUGGCGUUGUGAUGAGUGUUUACGGCACUGUUUUGAGAGCCAAUGAUCUGCUCUUGUGUGAGUCAUGGAGAUCAUUUAGACAGGUGGCAGCGUGCAGCACACAACAUCGGCAGAACUCCCUCACGCUUCUCACAGACAACAGGAGACAUACAGCAGGUAGAUGCGUGACUGUUUGAUCUGUGAAAGAGCGGCCAGCGGGUCAUACAUAUUGGCACAAAGGAUAAGAUGACAAAUCUGCCACAACCAAUGACAGAGAGAAUAUGUAUCCAUCUAUGAUACCAGCCUUCAAAACCAACAGAGGCUCUCCUACAACCCACAAAGUCAAUUGACUUUAGCAAGCAGUGAGUGUCACCAUCAUGAGGCUGGUGUGGAAGUCCCUGGACAAGAUGUGUUUCCGUAAACGCUCCACCAUCCCCUUCCUGGGGGUCCUGAUCACCUGUCUACUCUUCCUCAAUCUCUACAUGGAGGAUGGAUACAUGUUGGAGGCGGGUAAAAGACCGCUGAGAGAGACAUCAAUGCAACCUUCAAACUCUGAGAGAUAUGUUCACACCUUCAGAGACCUCACUAAUUUCUCUGGAACCAUAAACGUCACAUAUCGUUACCUCGCUGGGACCCCACUGCCCCGAAAGAAAUAUCUAACCAUUGGGUUGUCAUCUGUGAAAAGAAAAAGAGGGAAUUACCUUAUGGAGACGAUCAAAUCCAUUUUUGACCAGUCCAGUUAUGAGGAGCUGAAAGAGAUUGUGGUGGUGGUCCACCUGGCGGACUUUGACCUGGCCUGGUGUGAAAACCUGGUGCAGGACAUCUCCAGGAAGUUUGCCCACCACAUCAUCGCUGGGCGUCUCCUGGUGAUCCAUGCCCCUGAGGAGUACUAUCCAUCACUGGUUGGGCUAAAAAGGAACUACAAUGACCCAGAUGACAGGGUACGCUUCCGUUCCAAGCAGAAUGUGGACUACGCCUUUCUCCUCAACUUCUGCACCAACCUCUCUGAUUUCUACAUGAUGCUGGAGGACGAUGUGCGCUGCUCACGGAACUUUCUGACAUCCCUGAAGAAGGUGGUCACCUCCAGGGAAGGCUCCUACUGGGUGAUGCUGGAGUUCUCCAAGCUUGGCUACAUAGGGAAGCUCUACCACUCAAGAGACCUGCCGCGCCUGGCCCACUUCCUGCUCAUGUUCUACCAGGAAAUGCCCUGUGACUGGCUCCUCAUUCACUUCCGGGACCUACUUGCCCAGAAAGACGUGAUACGCUUCAAGCCCUCCUUGUUCCAGCACAUGGGCCACUACUCCUCAUAUAAGGGGGCAGAGAACAAGUUGAAGGAUGAUGACUUUGAAGAAGACUCCAUUGAUAUCCCUGACAACCCUCCUGCCAGCCUGUACACAAGCAUUAAUGUAUUUGAAAACUAUGACACCACCAAGGCUUACAGCAGUGUGGACGAAUACUUUUGGGGGAAACCCCCUUCUACCGGAGACUUCUUUGUCAUCGUCUUUAACAAAUCAACUAAAAUAAGCAAAAUCAAAAUCGUGACAGGAACGGAAGAUCGUCAGAACGAUAUCCUGCACCAUGGAGCUCUGGAAGUAGGAGAGAAGCUGGUGGGGACAAAGAGAGGAAGGCAGUGUUCUUCCUACAUCACUUUAGGGGAGUUUAAAUAUGGCAACAUUGUGGUUCAAGACGUGGACCACAAGAUUGCCUUUGACAUUGAGUGUGUUCGUAUUGUGGUGACUGCCAGUCAGAAAGAAUGGCUGAUCAUUAUGACUAUAAGUCUGUGGACUACACAACCACUCAGUCAAUGGUACACUGAGGGACCAUACCGUUUGGACUAAAGUUUUUUAUUAAUGUGCCUAUUAAUUUAUAUUGAUUAUAUGUUGGAUGCUCUAUGGUUUAUUUUAUUAUUACAUUUACAUUCAAGUCAUUUAGCAGACGCUCUUAUCCAGAGCGACAUACAAAUUGGUGCAUUCAACUUAGGAUAGCCAGUGGGACAACCACAUCUUGAUUAUCCAUUAUAUUUGACACAGCACAUUUUUGAGAAUUUGAAAGUUAAUUGGG